GCUAUGUUUCGUGGGUCCAUCCUGAACUCUGCAGCCCAGCCCACUCCGGCUCCAUCAACAAACAUCACGAUGGAGUCCCGCGUCUAAACUCUGAAUAUGAACGCAGUAGAGACAUCAGAGAGUACUAUCCGACCAGGAGUACAGAAGCCGAAGUUAUCCCCCUACGGUCUUAUCCUUUGAAACACACGCGGUUUUUCGAGUCUUGCAACUGUCCAUACUUCACCACAUCCAGAACUCACCAUGUCUGAGGACGCAGUCAGGCAAGAGCCAUUCCCGUCACCUUCCAGGCAGGCAACUGGGCUUGUCAACGGAGUGGAAACUGAGGUUUCAUCAAUGAACUUCUCGGACAAGAUCAUGGUCACCAUUUCUCAAGGUGGGCGCCUUGCUCAGUGGGUCCAAGUACAACUAGCCGCACCUUCUUCCGCGUCAGUAGACAUGGCUCUGCCUGGCGCCGGUAGCCUGUUACCAUCAGAACAUUUAACAGCAACGACUCUUCUUGGAGGUGGAAAUGCGGAGAGGGAGACCAUGGGCCAGCUUUAUGCCAGUCAAAUUGCCAGUCUCCUGACUUUGCGCAACCCCAAUGAGCAGCGGUCUUUGUUGCUUGGUUUGGGCCUGGAGAAGGUCGACACCACUACUAGUGACUCCUUCUAUGACGUGGUCGAGUUGGUACAACAAGUCCUCUAAUAGUAAAUGUCAUGGAGUGAACGAUAUCUCGCAGUAACAAGUUCGAGUUGAGGCUAUCGCGAUGAGCAGUUCUGGUGAAGCGGGGAGUAGAAACCAAAUGUGUGGUUAUCGGGAAUGAGCAUGUUCGCAACUCGGUGGAUGUGGUCGGCUGAGAAGAUGUAAGUGAGGGCUGGUCUGUCUUAAGGCAGGUUCUGGGAAGACAGGGGAACGAUGGCUGGGCUGCUGGCCAGUUUAAUCCUAGAGAUGUAGAACACAGAACAAUGGAGGGCAGUGAGCCCGAUCUUGCAGCAACACAAAAGAUGUGUGUCAAACGAAAAGCGACUCCAGGCAGAUCGACAAUUUCGAGCAAGGAUCCAAAC